CCAUUCUCAGGAAACUUCGCAGCAAGCGCGCACGGACACGUCGCAUCUUCCACGUUCGAUUCCAUUGCCCCCAAAACCCUCCCCUGCCUCAAAUCGAAUGGUCCGAAUUCCGAUUGGGAUUCGAGAAAUUUGAGAAAUUUUCUGGACCAUUUUCGCAGCAGACGAGGAAGCAGCGAUGCCCACUGACCUCCUCCUCCAAUUCGCCAUCCUCGUCUCCUCCCUCGCCAUGCUCGUCUUCGCCGUCCGGCGGCUCUCCGCCCCGCCCUCCCCCAAGCUCCGGACCAAGACCCGAUCCGCCGCCGCCGAGCCCAGCCGCCACUCGCUCCGCGCGUCCGCCCUGCUGGCCCGGGCCCGGUCCUCCCCGACCCACCACGCCCACCGCGCCCAGGCGCCGACCCUCGCCCGGGCCGCCCUCGCCGAGGCCGAGGCCGCGAUCUCGCAGGCCCCGAAGGACGCGGCCCCGCACGUGCUCAAGGCCCUGGCGCUGGACACGCUCGGGCGGCGGAGCUCGGCGCUGCGGUGGCUGGACGCGGCGCUGUCGGCGCCGCGGGCGCGGUCGCUGUCCGGGAGCGAGAGGGCGGAGGCGCUGGCGAGGAGGGCGGAGCUGAAGCUCGGGAUGGGGCGGCGGAGGAGGGCGGAGUCGGCGGUGGAGGACGCGAGGGAGGCGGUGAGGGUGGGGCCCGGGGAGGCGGCGGCGUGGCGGGUGCUGGGGGAGUGCUGCGAGCGGGAGGGGCUGGCGGCGGAGGCGGCGGCGGCGUUCGAGGAGGCGCUGCGGAUCGAGCCCGGGUGCGACCCGGCUCGUCGCGGGUUGGACCGGUUAGGCUCUCCUUCUUGAUUUUUAUUUUCAGUUUUUUUUUUUUUUUUUUUUUGGUUUCUUGUUUUUCACGUCUUGUGAUAUAUAUAAGAUGAUGGCAAAGUUGGGA